GCCGAGCUUUAUGUAAACAUUGCUCCACAUUUACACAUGAGCGCGUCGUGACGGUGACAGCUUCGUGAUGUCACAAGAAAUCAUGAAAGUCGAUAAAAGUGAUACUUUGAUCUGCAAGCACCACAACGCGUAUUCUCACGUCUCUAGCAAAUCAACUAGGCUUUGUUAAUUACUUCUAAUUCAAUCUGAGAUACCCAGGAGAAACAUCAUGUCUUCUGAAAAAGGACAGUUCGAGCAGGGCCACCAGCCCGAUGUUCAGCAUCAAGAAGUACCCGGACUCCAGUCCAAGCUCGACCCUUUGCCCAAAGUCGAUGAGCUUCCCACACCAGAGGGCGGCGCCGAGAAGUACAAGGCUGCUGGUAAGCUCAAUGGCAAGCGUGCCAUCAUCACCGGCGGAGACUCUGGCAUUGGACGCUCCAUCGCUGUUCUCUUCGCCAUGGAGGGAGCCGAUAGCUUCAUCGAAUACCUCCCCGAAGAAGAGAAGGACGCACAAGACACCAAGAAGAUGGUAGAGGAGAAGGGCCAAAAGUGCUACACACUCGCCGUGGACCUGAAGGCAAAGGAGAACUGCAAGAAGGUCAUCGACGAGGCUGUCAAGCAAAUGGGUGGCAUUGACAUCCUGGUCAACAACCACGCUUACCAGAUGAUGAUCAACGAUAUCCACGACCUCUCAGAAGAUCAGUGGCUCCACACCUUCGACACAAACAUCCACCCCUUCUUUUACCUCUCAAAGUACGCCCUUCCACACAUGAAGCGCGGUGCCACAAUCAUCAACAACGCCUCCAUCAACGCCUACAUUGGCCGUCCCGACCUCCUCGACUACACAUCUACAAAGGGCGCCAUCAUCUCCUUCACUCGCGGUCUGUCAAAUCAGUAUGUCGGACGCGGCAUUCGUGUCAACGCCGUUGCCCCUGGCCCCGUCUGGACACCGCUGAUCCCUGCGACCAUGAACGACGACGCUAUCAAGCAGUUCACUGCGCCCAUCGGCCGACCGUCGCAGCCUAGUGAGAUUGCUACUUGCUUCGUCUUCUUGGCUAGCAAUGAUAGCAGCUCCAUUAGUGGUCAGACUAUUCAUGCCAACGGUGGCACUAUUGUCAACGGUUAAGUGGUUAGUCUUGAGCGCGGGAGAAAGGGUGUAAUGUGUAUAAUGAUUUCACGAUUAGCUAUUACAUGAAAAAUAAAAGGAUCAUGACAUUGUA